GUCGGACUCGAAGUCAAAGUCCCCCAUGCUGGAGUUACAUUGACCCUACGGCGUGGGACGAAGGAGUCAGCAGAGGAGCGCAACGAUAAUCACUGUGUUUUUGGACAAUUCGUUUGACAAUUGAGGAAGUGAGCCGCAACUUUUAAAUGAAGAAACAUGGGGAAUGGCAUGAACAAGGUCUUGCCGGGACUGUAUGUGGGCAAUUACCGCGACUCCAAGGAUCACGCGCAGCUGGAGAGAUUCCAGAUCUCGCACAUCAUCGCCAUACAUGACAGUCCCAGACGUUUGUUACCGGACAAACACUACCUAUGCGUCAUGGCCUCGGACACGCCGGACCAGAACCUCUCCCAAUACUUCUCCGUCUGCAACGAUUUUAUCCACGCCGCCCGGUUGCGGGAGGGCAACGUGCUCAUCCACUGCCUGGCGGGAAUGUCGCGCUCGGUGACCGUGGCCGUGGCCUACAUCAUGACGUCCACGCAUCUCAACUGGAAGGAGGCGUUGAAGGUGGUGCGCGCGGGCCGCGCCGUAGCCAAUCCGAACACCGGUUUCCAGAACCAGCUGCAGGAGUUUGAGCAGUUCAAGCUGUCAGAGGAGCGACGCCGGCUAAGGGAGCGCUUCCCAUCUUCGGCAUUGGAGCAGCUGGACCGCCUGAAGGUCGCCACGGCCCUGAACAACUACAAGGAGCUGCUGCAGAACAGGGACAUCUGCGAGGGCAACUGUUCCCGCGGCGAGAAGUGUCCUACAGGCGUCUGCAACAUGGACCCCACCAAGGGAUUGUUUCGGCGCCGUCCCUCGACGGCUUCGACGCACUCGCGAUUCCGUGCCCAAUCCUCCAACGCCAACGCCUCGUCCAGCACGCUCAGUGUAAGCGGCAUCGCCGCCCAGUCCUGCCCCACAUCGCCGAAGCACUCGCCCCUGCCGCUGCCCCGCCGCUCGGUGGGCAACGACCGCACCUCCAUACCCGAGGACGAUAUUCCCCUCGACCAGCCGCCCACCACCUCCAGCGAGGCGGCCCAGUAUGCCGCUGCGAUCGAGGACGCCCGUCGAGAGCAGGAGCAGCGCAUGGAGCAGCGCAUGGAGCAGCGCAUGGAGCAGCGCUCGGAGCAGCGUUCUGAGCAGCGUUCUGAGCAGCGCUCGGAGCAGCGCUCGGAGCAGCGCUCUCAGCAGCUUUACAAGAGCCAGUGCUCGCCGAGGCCAGGAAGCUCCUCGAGCGGCACUCCCCGGGUGAAUAGUGCCGGCAGCCGGAGGGAGUCCAAGGUCAAGGAGGGCGACGGCUCAUCCUCAUCCCAGCUGCAGCGCAGUGCCAGCACCGUGAGCGGUUUUGGAGUGCGUCCGCGAAGCAGUCCGGCAGGUCUGCAUGCCUACACGGGUUCGGUCCCCUCCUCCGUCCACGGAUCACGCGUGGAUCUGCGAGAUCCCGACAAGGGAUCCGCCAUUUAUCUGGGCUGCUCCGCGCCGCGGGCCUCCACUCUGUCUAUAUCAUCGUCGCGGGGCUCGUCGGGUGGCUCCGCCCCUCCUUCGCCCUGUAACACACCGCCUGUCAGUCCACGUCACGGGGUUAGGAGAUCCACUAGUCUGGUGAAAAAGCCGAGAUGAAGGCCAGGCCAGAGGGGAUGGAUUAUGCGUAAGGCGAGCUGCACCUGCACCCACUGCAUCCACUGGAACUACUUAGUCUGUAAUCAGUAAACAGUAAACCGUAAUCCUUAGUCCUUAGUCCGUAAUCCGUAAUCCGUAAUGCCUAGGCCACCCCCCUGGCAUCCAUUGGAAAACGCGCGCGAGACCUGCAGAAUUAUUUGAAGAAGAAGAACAAGGAUUUCGUGGAUGGGUACCCUCUGACUUACUGUUAUUAGACGCCGAGGCUGUGGCAUCCUACGUUGCUAGCUUUGGCUGCUGAGCCCCUCGGCUUCAGGAGCAGCUUGAAUCAAAAUCAGAUGUUGACAGAUUAUUUUUCAGAGACGCAUUUAAAAAGUACCGACAUAUACAUAUACACACAUAUUUACUGUAUAUUAUAUAGCGUACUCGUAUGUAUUUAUACGAGCAGAUUUGUUGUCGGUCCAGUUGCAAGGACUGACCACCCCCUAGGCCCAGGAUUAGGUCCAGGCCCAGCCCCAGCCUCUGGCAGCGCGGGCAUUUGUUAGUUUUGUACCAAGCAAGCGAGAGGCAGAGACAGAAGUCGCACAAUAAUUGAGAAUUGUACAAUUGCGUAUGUUUUUUUGAUUAGAUUCAUUGUUGAAAAUAUUUUGAUAGCAAACCAAAAGAACAAAAAAAAAAAAAAAAAAAAUACAAAAAAAUAAUAAGGGUUCCACAGGGAAACCAGAAACAGAAGCGUUAUAUACAUUCAUACCUAGCUGAUAUUGAUAUUGAUACUCCCCGUAUGGGACUCGAUUCGAGAUUGUUAUUUAGAGUUGUUGCAUUGUGUAGCAUUGAAUAUAUAAACCAAGUUUAUUAGCUCACUCCUCAAUACUCACUCCCCCCCACGGCCCACACUCACGCGAGAUAAGCAAUACCAGAGGAUUUUUCAAAAUGAGUCGAAAUACACGAGAAUUAAAGCAAAACCAAAAUUAAACUAAAUUAAACAAUACACUAUACAAACGCAUUGAAGUGUGCUUUAAAGCUUGUGGCUUAUCGUUAAGAAAUGAAAAAACACAAUUAGAUUUGUAAUUUGUAAGGGCGCAAAUUUAUUUACAACACUUCCUAGAAUAUCGAAAACAAUCUAAGGGAGAUUUGAGACAUUUUUGCAAGCUGGCUUUGGCAAAAGGAAUUCAGUUACGAUGCGGAUGGUGGGGGCAAUCAAAUAUUGUAUUUAUAAUGCCUAGAGAAAUGCACAAAUCGGUUUUAAACUAAAGUUAUAUAAUGAAAUCGUUAAGUUUGACAAAUUAAUACAAUUAUUAUACAAUAAUAAAGGCAACUGUCUCCAAGACACUGAAAAUUGAUAUGAGAUCUGACACAUACUCGUACUAGCUAAUAAAAUAAAACGCCCCAUGAA